UGGUUGUUUACUGUCUGGCUAAACAUGGCCGUUGACAAACUCACUGAUGGCAGUUAGCCCUCGAUAACUCUUGACAAUUUUAAAUGUACAGGUCUUGAGUUGCAAAUCAUUCUACUGCGCAGUUACAAAUUUAAUUGUCUUUUUACCUUGCUGUUGGUUUGGUUUUUAUCUCAUACUCCUGCGACUCGUUAGCCGCUGAAGCUAGGUAGCGAGCUAACUUCUCCAUAGGGAACAAUGACAGCAACUUCUGCAGGUAGCAGCAGCUGCCUCACCGCUAAAGGACUGGACAUAAGUCUGGCUGCUCUGCAGCGACAAGACCCAUACAUCAAUGACAUUGUGGACGUGGCCAGCCAAGUUGCCCUGUAUACUUAUAACAAUAGGGCAAAUGAGUGGGAGAAGACAGAGGUGGAAGGCACCCUUUUUAUUUACACAAGACUGGCAUCUCCCAGGCAUGGUUUCACCAUUAUGAACAGACUCAGUAUGGAGAACUUGACAGAGCCAAUUACCAAAGACCUGGACUUCCAGCUCCAGCACCCUUUCCUGCUUUAUCGCAAUGCACGGUUGAUUAUCCAUGGCAUUUGGUUCUAUGAUAAGGAGGACUGUCAACGUAUUGCUCAGAGAAUGAAGAUCCUGACCCAACAGGAGCAGACCCUGGCACAGUCUCAAGGUGGAUGGUUGUCUCCAGGAGGAGUACGUGGUGGAGGAGUAGGUGGAGGAGGAGGAGGAGGAGGAAGUGAAGGAAAGGCAGUGGACAUUAUUCAGAUGUUGACCAAAGCACACACAGAGUAUGACAAGUCUACAUCAGAGCCAAAGGAGAUUGGUGGCUGCAGUGUUAUUUAUGGAAACCCCAACCUGAUCAAGCCAAUACCUGUUAAACUGAACACUCAGGACAUUGAAAGUGCUGAACCCAAGUCUCUCUCUCUUGCCACCCUUUUUGGCUCUCAACAUCAACAUCAGCACUCAUCCAAACCUGACCCAGUCUCUCCUAUGGCCACCACAGGGACAGGGUCAUCAUCGAGACAAGUCAAUCGCCCACCUGUAGCACGUUCACUGAAAUACGACGAAACGGUAAACUCUGGCAGAAGUGUGCCCUCCAAAGGAGGGAACCUCGCCAUGGUUGGGUGUUCAGAUGGAGGGCCUAGGGCUGUGAUUGGAGGACAAAUAGUUGGGGAACAUGGUGGAAAUGUUGUGGGCUUGCUGCCGUGUCCCACUACCGCCCAUCAGCAGCAGCAGAACCAGCCUCAGCACUGCCCAGCCAUCCAGAAACUCAUGCAGGGACAGAGAGGAGUGGGUGUCGUCGGAGGAGUGCUUCAGACCCUGUCCGAGUCCCCCGAGAACAGGCUGUGUGACAACGGGGUGCCGCUGGGGCAUCACCACCACCAUCACCAUCUGUACCAUCAUCAUCAGCAGCAGCACCACCACCUUCAUCAUCAUCAACAACAGCAACAGCUUCAAGCUGACCCAAUCAGGAAACUUUUCCAAAGCCAGCCACCUCUUCCCUCCUCCAACCCUCCGCCUAUGCAGCAGAACCCCCAUCUCUCCUCUCAGCCCGUAAUGGUGGAUUCUGUGUCAUGUUCCCACCUUCAAGCACAACAAAGCCAGCAGCUGUUUUUCAGCCUACCUAAACCUCAACCAGAAGCACAGCACAACAGCCAUUCAGCUUUAACUAUACAGGGAACAGUUCUGUCUUCCCAGAUGUCUGGUGUGGUGUCACCUCAUGAGCUCCUGCAAAAGCUCCAGCUGGUUCAGCAGGAACAAAGCCUUGCUUCCCAUGAUCCCCCUCGACUCUGUCCAGGACUGGCCCCUCGAUUCCUGGGGCCCACUCAAGGUCAAGGUGCCGACUCAGUUGUAAGCCCAGUCCCAAACCAGACCACAGGCACUGCUGGUCAAAAGGCUGCGCUGCAGUUUCAGAUCAUCUCCCCCCAGCGGAUACCAGCCACUGUGGCCCCCAACCUGCUCCUCUCUCCCAGUGUGUUCACUCAGGCAAAGUCUAGUGGUGGGUUGUCAGUGGUUGCAGAGAGCUGCCCUGCCCCCUCAACCCUGUCCAGACCCCCAUUGCAGCAGGAGAUCAGAGUUCUGUCCAGAAGCCAGCUUCAAGCCACACUCCUGCAUCUGAUUCAGACUGACAGCUCAUUCCUGGACAGCAUCUAUGAAGCCUACAUCAGCCGCUUUGCUAAUGACUCCAGCAGCAAGUACUGAUGACUCUUCACACCCUGUGUCUGUACAUGCACCCUGUCUUGAGCUGUGAGGCUCAUUCUUCUACACCUAAUAUGGAUGUACCAUUUCCUCUUCUGAAUCCAAUCAGACACACUGCUCUGUAUCUCCUCUGCACUACAUACCCAGUCAACCUGACUCUUCCUCUUUAAACCAAGUUUCUGUAGUCACAACAAAAAAAGCAGUUAUCAGAUUAUACAUGUGUUUGUUUCCAUAUCAAAAAACUUGUUUUAUCCUCGUAAUCCUCUUGAAAAAGAAAUUCUCUCAAUCUGAGGACCACUAAUUUUUUGGCACAAAUGCGGCAUGACCAUAUAGUCUUGACAUCAUCUGUAGUUAAGGGGACAAUGUAGCCUAUACUCUCGUUCACUCUACAUGAAGACAAAAUAUGCUGCAACCCCAUGUUUUGCCUAAGUAUUUGAAUAUAGUUCCCUUCACUGUUUUUUAUUCACCAAACUUAACAGAAUUAUAUUUUAUAUUUUUUGUUUUUCUUUUGUUAUAAUGUGUAGUCUUUACUCCUUCACAGUGGUCUAACACCAGCCAGCCUUCUGGGCUUUAAUAAACAAGUCUUCCUUGUCUAAGAACUAGUGCUGAAGGAUAUGCUCAAACUGACUUGAAACUGACUUCACCUAUGAAAGGUUAAACAUAUUUUGUUUUCUGUACAUUUUGAAAAAGUAUGUUUAAAUGUUAUAAGAAUUUGUUUGAUUUAAAUUUACAAUUUCUUUAAAUUAAGUUCUUACUAGUUUGCCUUCUAAAGCGAGUAUAUUUUAGUAUCCAAAUCCUUUUAAAGUAAUUUUUUAAAAAUAUUUUUUUCUCUUUUUUUCAGCAGACUCUAGCUAUGAUUAAAUAUUUGUAUUGGUAACAGUUGUUUUAGUUUUUUUACAGAAAUUCCCCUCAGGAUUAAUACAACUGUGUAUUGAUCAAACGCUUUGCUAUUGAUGGUAAGUCUAGUUAAAUAGAUGCUUGAUAAAUGGAGAUUUAAAGCAAUAAAAAGCAGCAAAGAAGGUAUAUAAAUAUCUGAUAAUAAUUGUUUGGAGUUCACAGGCCUGUUCAAAGCAAGUACAAUAGAAAUAUAUGAUAGAAAAUGCAUUUCCAAAAUACUGUCACGCUACAUGUACUGCAUAAAGUGUCACCCAAUCAAACUAAGGCUCCCACACAUUUCCUUACUUACUACAGCAGAGAAGUCAGUCAAUAUGUUAAAUUUCGUCAGGGUUACGGUUUGCACUUUGUGCUAAACUCGUAUAAAGCCAGACUAUACAGUAGCUACCAGAGAGUACACAAAAACAGCAGCAACAACAGAGAGAGAUUACAUUUCAGGAAAAAAAAAAAAUCCUAUUCUUCUACUCAAGCAAAAUGUAUUGUUCCCAUAGUACAGAUAACCAGCAUGUUACAUUACAAUUAAA